CCACCAGGCCACCAUUCCACCCCAUGUGUUUUUUGCACACAAUACCUGUCUUCCUCGUGCCCCAUCAACAUUUUCUCAAUUUCUUCGCCCAAUUCCAGCUCAUUUUUUUGCCUUUGCAAGUAAAAGACAAAACUUUUCUUCUUUUUGAUGUGAUAUAUCAUAUAUAUAUAGAGUACUGUGAAUCUAUGGUGCAAUCAGCAUAAAAAUUGUGCUGCGCUGGGCGAAGCUUUGAAGGCUGCCCAUUCUCGAAAACACCGGACGGAGGGAGGGAGGAGAAGAAUGUCGGCGAAAAUUGGGGAUGAGUCCAUUUAUUUACAUGGAGAUUUGGUGCUGCGCGUCAUCGAGGCUCGAAAACUUCCCAACAUGGACCUGGCUACAGAGCGCCUCCGCCGCUGCUUUGCUUGCGAUGCCUGCAGGACGACGGAUGACUUCGAGGGGGAGAGCGCCGGGGAGAACCAGGAAAUGAAACCCUAUCGCCGGGGAAUCAUUACGAGCGACCCUUACGUCACGGUGUCCGCUCCCCAGACUGCACUUGCUCGGACUCGGGUCAUAACCAACUCUCAGAAUCCCGUUUGGAAUGAGGAAUUUCACAUCCCCAUGGCUCAUCCUCUGGUCAAUUUGGAGUUCAGGGUUAAGGAUGCUGAUGUCUUCGGAGCUCAGAUUAUGGGCAAAGUUAAAAUUCCUGCGCAGAGGAUUGCCUCGGGAGAACUCAUCUCCGGUUGGUUUCCUAUAAUUGGGCCCUCGGGUAAGCCCCCUAAGCAGGAUUCGGCUCUCCGAAUUGAAAUGAAGUUCACCCCCUUUGAAACCAAUCCCUUGUAUAAUAAGCAUGGCAUUGCUGGCGAUCCUCAGCAUUUGGGAGUGAGGCGCACAUAUUUCCCACUGCGAAAAGGGUCUUUAGUUAAGCUGUACCAAGACGCCCAUGUUAGCCAUGAUGUAAAAUUCCCACCCAUUGAAUUGGAUGGGGGCAAAAUGUAUCAGCAGGGCACUUGUUGGGAGGAUAUAUGCUAUGCGAUUUCAGAGGCUCAUCACUUGAUAUAUAUUGUUGGCUGGUCCGUUUUUCACAAGAUUAAACUGGUAAGAGAGCCUACUAGGCCACUGCCACGAGGCGGGGAUUUGAAUCUCGGUGAAUUACUUAAGUACAAGUCGCAGGAAGGGGUACGAGUCUUGAUACUACCCUGGGAUGACAAAACGUCUCAUGACAAGUUCCUCAUUAACACGGCUGGAGUGAUGGCAACCCAUGACGAGGAGACCAAGAAGUUUUUCAAACACUCAUCUGUGAUUUGUGUGCUGUCACCACGCUAUCCGAGCAGUAAGCUUAGCUACAUGAAACAGCAUGUUGUCGGAACCAUGUUUACCCAUCACCAGAAGUGUGUACUCGUGGACACACAGGCUCAUGGCAACAAUAGAAAAAUAACAGCUUUCUUGGGUGGUCUUGAUCUCUGUGAUGGUCGUUAUGAUACACCGGAACACCGUUUGUUCCGCGAUCUUGAUACUGUAUACAAAGAUGAUUUUCAUCAGCCUACAUUUCCUCCUGGGACCAAGGCUCCAAGAGAGCCAUGGCAUGACUUGCACUGCAGAGUUGAUGGCCCUGCUGCAUAUGACGUGCUUAUAAAUUUUGCACAACGUUGGAGGAGAGCAACAAAGUGGAGAGAAUUUGCAAUACUGAGAAAAAAGAUGUCUCAAUGGCAUGAUGAUGCAAUGAUAAAAAUUGAGCGCAUAUCAUGGAUACUUAGCCCUGCAUUUUCUAUAACAAAGGAAACAACAUUGAUUCCUGAAGAUAAUCCAAAACUUUAUGUAUCCGAGGAGGGCCAGCCAGAUAACUGGCAUGUGCAGAUAUUCCGCUCCAUUGAUUCAGGUUCUGUGAAGGGUUUCCCCAAAAAUGUUGACAUUGCAACAUCACAGAACCUAAUCUGCGGGAAAAAUUUGGUUGUAGACAAAAGCAUUGAAAAAGCAUAUAUCCAUGCAAUAAGAUCAGCUCAACAUUUCAUAUAUAUUGAAAACCAGUAUUUUCUUGGGUCAUCAUAUGCUUGGCCAUCAUACAAAGAUGCAGGUGCUGAUCAUUUGAUCCCCAUGGAGUUGGCACUAAAGAUUGUUAGUAAAAUUAGAGCCAAGGAAAGAUUUGCUGUAUACAUAGUUGUUCCAAUGUGGCCUGAAGGGGAUCCCAAGUCAGCUACCACACAAGAAAUUCUCUAUUGGCAGAGCCAGACAAUGCAGAUGAUGUAUCAAGUUAUUGCAAGGGAGAUCAAGUCUAUGCAGCUUGAUGCACAUCCUUUGGACUUCUUGAAUUUCUAUUGCCUCGCCAACCGGGAAGAAGCUGGUUCAGUGACUCCGUCGCUUAGUGCCACAGAUAAGGUUUCAGAUGCAUAUAAGUUUCAGCGAUUCAUGAUAUAUGUGCAUGCGAAAGGAAUGAUAGUGGACGACGAGUAUGUGAUUUUGGGAUCUGCCAACAUAAACCAGCGAUCAAUGGCUGGCUCAAAAGACACUGAGAUAGCUAUGGGUGCCUACCAGCCUCAACAUACAUGGUCAAAAAGGCAGCGACAUCCUCGUGGACAGGUCUAUGGAUACCGAAUGUCUUUGUGGGCAGAGCACUUGGGAAUGCUGGAAGAAUGUUUUAAUGAGCCAGGGGAACUGCAGUGUGUGAAGAAAGUGAAUGAGGUUGCUCGGGAAAACUGGAGAAAAUACACGGACGACACCUUCCAUCACUUGCAUGGCCAUCUUUUGCAGUAUCCUCUACUGGUGAAUGCGGAUGGUAAAGUAUGUCCCCUACCUGGGCAUGAAAAUUUCCCGGAUAUCGGGGGUAAGGUAAUUGGAACUCCCUCCACUACACUUCCCGAUGUUCUGACAACGUAAUAAUUCUUGCAUCCCCAACUUCUCUUUCUCUCUUCCCUUUGAGCGAAUGUUAUAUGUUGUGCACUUGGAAAUAUUAUGAGCUGAAUGUACUUGGUGCGUUUCUUCUUCUCAUUUCCCUACUUGAGGAGAAUGUCAUAUUGGGUUUCAGCCUAUGAUUGAAUGUAGAUAUACUGAUUACACGGACACCGAUGAGAUAAUACAACGUUUAGAGCUUG